AUGUCUAGCUAUUCCUUUACCAGCUCAUCCUCGUCCUACUCCAGCAGCUACAACGGCCGGCAGAGCGGACAGUCGUUCCAGGAGACGUCUCAGACCACGCCUGAGGGCACAACCGUCCGCACCACAACCCAGAACCUGGGCGAGACACCGAUCACUCAGACACACAAGUAUGAUUCACAAGGCAGGGAACUCAUUGGCGAUAGUGCAAACGGCGGCUCCAGUCGACGCGUAGAGGACGUCAGCCGGAAGGAUGUAAACCCUUUGUACGAGGAGAGAAUUGAGGAUGAGUACGCCAAGCGCGAGGGAGGGGCCUAG